GAGAAAGCGAGAGAGCGAGAAAAAACGGCUCUCAGCAAAGCAACAAGAAGGAAGAGAAAUGGCGACACUGGAUCGCCAAAUACCAAGUCCGGAUAUCUUCCUGUGCGAGCCUUGGUCUUCCUUCGUCACCGCGGCUAAAUUACGUUUUGUUGACAACUCGUCCUCGGAUGACAAACAGAUUUUCUGCCAGGGUAAAGCCGUGAGGCUCAGCAAAGAAGAGAUGCUUGUCUACAGCCAGCUUCCAGCUCUGGAGGAUUUUUGUCUUGUUGUCUGCCAUGUCUGCGAUCAGGUGGUCACCCCCCAGGGCAUCCUCACACACUACGGUAGCUGGGGUGUAGUUUCCCUGUGAGACAGUCAGAGAGAGACAGACAGUCCUGGACCACUCCCCCUCAUUUCCUCCCCACCCUUCUCCCACAAAGACAUGCAUAGCAAGAACCAGAAGCGCCACAGCUCCCCCUCCCCCUCCAGGACCCCCCUGGUCCCCAUGAAGCCAAAAGCACCUGCAGUGACCCCCACUGUGGUGCCAAGUCCCGGGGGCACGCUGGCCUUCAGGGUCCCCAAAGAGUACCCUCACUCACGCUUCAGCAAGGCGCCUCUGGCCCUCUACCCACCGAAGGGGGCGCGGAACAAGACAUGUGUCUCCCUCCCAGUGGUGAGCCUGGAGAAGAUCCCCUGCCUCAGCCGGGGCGACCCUUCAUCACAUGUGCGCCUCACCUCCUCCUCUUCCUCCUCUUCCUCCCCCUCACACCUCCCUCCCCCGGCCUCCCAGCGGUCCAGCGAGAAGCUCACAAACGGUCGCGGGCCGCCCACCCCCCGCUCCACCCCCUCUCCAUCCUCCUCUGCGGACAGACGGCCCAGUCCGGCUCGCUCUCCUCUGGACAGACGGCUGCCCUCGACCCCCUCUCCUUCCCCUCUGGAUCGUAAACCCCCCCCCUCACCGGCCCCUUCCCAACGCUCUGCCGCUCUGCCUGUGACGUCGCUGUUGGAGAAGAAGCAGCAAAAUGGGACGAAGACUCCUUCCAGGUCGCAAAAGAGACUUUCAGGCAGAGUUUUUGAUCCUAACAAACACUGUGGAGUGCAGGAUCCUGAGACUAAGCGACCCUGUACCCGGUCUCUCACCUGCAAGACUCACUCGCUCACACACCGCAGAGCCGUCUCAGGCCGAGAGAAACACUUUGACGUCCUUCUGGCCGAACACAAAGGGCGGACCAAGCUGACCCAGGCAGCGAAGGAGAAGGACGCAUCGCAGGGAAGGAAGGAAGGAAGCGUCACGCCACAGGAGACCGCAUCUCCCAGCAGGCCGCACUGCACUAACGGACGCACGCUGUCCAUGCUGAAGCUGCGGCUGGCUAACGCACACAUACCCAGGGUCCCAGGCUCCACCUCCAGCCCUCUGCCCCCCCCCCCCACAGCCGUCCCCCCUCAAGACGGCGGGCGUCUCUCGAGUGAUGAGGGCGACGCGGAGACCCCAGAGGACGGAGACAGAUCUGCCUCUCACUCCUCCCAUCGCCACCCACAGCCUUUACGGUACUGCGUGUUCAGCAGCAGGCUCAUGGGACGGGGUCACUACGUGUUCGACAGGCGAUGGGACCGCAUGAGGCUGGCGCUGCAGAACAGCGUGGAGAAACACCUCAACGCACAUAUGUGGAGUUUCAGGAAGGUGCCUCCCGCUCCUGAGAGCCUCCUCUCCCUCUCCUCCCCCGUCUCUUCACAGCCGUCUCCCUCCUCCGUCCCUCUUCCUCCCCUCUCCUCCCUCUCCCACAUCCCUCCGUCUGCGUCCACAGUCGGAGCGCUCAGCCUCCGAGUCGCUCCCGUCAGAGCCCGUAACGGCACGCAUAAAGCCCCCCCCCCGCUCUCCAAAGACACGGAGGACUCUGGAGCUAAGAGGAGGAAAAACGCCUCCUCCUUUUUCCCCACUGUGGAUAAUCUGAGGAGGAACGGCAGCAGCCAUCAUCCAACGUUACAAAGUUCAGGGGCGUCUGCAGCUGGGAGGAAGAAGGGACUCGGUCGGGGGGGGAUGUGGAGCGGAGGGGAGGACUGGCUCUCCAGAGACGACGGGUCGGAAAGCUACAACUCACACAGCAGUGGUGAACUAGGCAGUGUACCCGACUCCCCCAGCAGGGAGUCACCCUCCGCCCCCCCUCACCCUCCUGCUCCCCCUUCCGGACCCUUGCCUUAUGUCGGGGGGGCAGAGGGCAGGAAGAGGAGGAGUCCCAGCUCCUUCAAAGCAAAGGCCAGCAAGCUGAGCAGACCGGGGGGGAUGGAGAGCCUCUUUGGGAGCGACAGCGUGGGAAUUCUGGCCUCAGGGCCCGAGUCCCCGAGACAGGCCAAGAUGCAUCACUGACAGAAACCUGCUCCCCGGCAGCUGUGCAGACCACCACCGUUUGUGACCUUUGACCUCACCACUCUUCCCCUGACGGCACCAAUCAGACCGGUGAUGUCACCCCCAUUCAUCCAAUCACAGCUCAGUUCACUCACCGGGACGCAGGAGUGUUUGCCGGCGGUUCGCUUUCACCUAUCCACCUUUUUUUUAAAACAUGGAUCACUGACAUGCAUUCAGAACAAUACAGUGGGAUCCAGAAAUGGAAAGGGAAUUUUCAGACAGAAUUUACACACUGUACAAGUUUUAGGGAGACUUUUAUUCUUACUCAGCUGACAAGGUAAGUGAUUGUUUUUCGGGUUAAAGCUGAAGGACCUACUGACACGAUUACUGUAGGCCUCAGCGGUCAUCUAUGCCACCUUAACUCGUUACAUCGAACAUCUCUGUCAACAUCUCUGAAAUGCUCUCUCUUUCCUCACCCCCCUAUCUCCCCCAUCCCUCCCAGCAUUGCUGUGCUCAAAGUGCUCUUACUGCCCCUCUCUCCCUUCCUCCAUUAUCUCCACCACGGACCUGAACACAAGGGAAGGAAGCGACACUGUAUUUCAAUAUAGGACGAGAUCUAGGAAGAGAUCCGAUUUAUUUCGUCUUCGUUCUCGUUUUGCAAGAAACACAAACUCCUGUCUGUGUGUCAGGACUUGCAUCCAAAAAAAGGAAUGAAGCCUACGGUGUUGGAUCUAUUUUUUUUUGUACAAUAAUUUAUCGUUCUUAAGUUAUGUUUGUUUUCUAACUCGCCCUCGAGGUGCCGAGCUACGGGAAAAGCAAAGAAUCAUUUCUAUGGCAUUUUGAAGAAAUGUUGAAAGUAUUAUGAUAGUUCAUAUUGUGGAAAAUGUGUACAUAUCUGUUUAUUAUUUUUAUAUUUAUUAAUUAUCGUCCCCUUUUACCGAAUAUGAGCCAUACAAAGAUGUUUUCCUCCAACUAAAUAUGUGUUUAAUGAUAUUGAUAAUGAUCAGCCUGGUUUCUCAAAAUAUUGAAGAGUUUGUUAGUUGCACGUUUUUAAAUGAAUAUGAAUUAAUAAUCAAACGGCUAAAUAUGGACUUUAACUGUGUGGGCUGUGUCUGUCCUUCCAAAUGUAAGUAUCUGUAUUCAGUAUGUUAUAAUAACUGAGGCUUUUUCACAAUAAUAGGCGGAAAUAUUAGACAAAAAAUGUAUCAAUUCAAACAAAUUUGACUUGGGAGAGUCUACCGUAAAAACUCUUUUUGAUACAGUAAUUCACAAACAGAUGUCAGCCAUACUGCAACUUUGCAAAGUCUGAUUGACAAUUGAAUUUUCCUAUUUUAUAAGGAGUUGUUUUGCCAGUCCCUGCACAUUUUUCACUUUUUGUUUUAAUUAGCAUUUAACAGCUCCUCCAUUUACCCAAAGAUCCAUCAACAGCGCACUCAACUCAAGUACGCCUGCCAAGGUUGUCACUUCUGUAGUGUUAACACAUUCAAACCUGCAUAAAAGAAGUAUGCAAUCCUAAUAUAGGACAGCCACAGCCUCUAUCAGGAGAGGACGUUUACUCGGUUGCUCUUUUUAUUUCCAUAAAUCUGUAUCUGACAUAUGCUAUUACUUUGGUUAGUAUUUUCAUAUAAAGGACCCCGCAUUCAUGUUGGCCUGUGGUUCCACCCUUUCUCAUAAAUCUUCCAAUGCUCAAAACAAUAGUUAUUACACUUUGAAACCAUCUUAAUCUUCCAGGAUCGAUUGGUCAAAAUGCUUUCAGUUACCUUUCAGAAAGGCUUCCUUACAUGUAUUUUAAUUCAGCAUUAGGUGUACGAAACAUUUUCCAAAGGAGCUCACUACCACAACUUAAGUCCAAAGAUGCUAAAAUAUGAUUAUAUUAUGAGGUUGUCACUUUAAGUCGGUGUAUAGCUAAAGAAACAUGUGAGGAUUUCUCUUUUCUUGGUAUGAUGGAUGCCACAAUGUGUCUAAAAAUGUAUCCUGUCUUCAUGUUGUAUUGCUGAUAAAGGUGGCGUAACUGAGAGCAUUUUGAUUUCAUUCAUAGCGAUUGUUCUUAUCUACACACACAUGGUUUGUCCGGGUGCUCGCAAUGUACAGUUAAUCUGUGAAAGGGAGAGUUCUGAUGAUUUGAAGUGGGGUUGUAUGAGGUUUUUAUCCAAAGUCAGUGUUUGUAGAAGAGGACAGGAAAAACAAGAAUGGCAGCAAAAUAUAUUUAAGCCAUCCAAAAGAUAGUCCCACAAAAAAAACUAUAUUUCAAUUUAAGUGUAUGACCAAUUUUGGAUAUUUCCAUUGCUUCCCCUUGCUGUGAGACAGACUUUUCCUGCGGGGAGCUGAAGGUGUUAUCUCUACUCUCCUCAAAGCCACCUUACUCCAUUCACAAAAACACUCAUUUUAUCUCCCAGAAUUGUAUUUGAUGUGUUAUUGUAUGACUUCAGUGUUUUAAAGGGUAACUCCGUAUCACCCGAGUCACUCAAUUACACGUACAAAAUCAAGGAAGUGGUAUAUUAGCAGAUUUGCGAGCUAAAAUGUUUUUGUCCAUGUAGCCUGGUGUCUUUGCAGAGAGCGUAGAUUACGACUCGAGUUCCCCUUAAGAAAGGUCUGAAUAAUAUAUAGAGAACACUUAAACUAUAUUGAUUUUCUUUUAACGUUGGCUCUUCCUAAAGGUGGCUUAAAUAUGUCCUUCUACUGCCAUGGCAACACCUCAUAUAAAACCACUUCAAAAUAUCCGAACUAUCCCUUUAACAUGCCUACAAUUACAAUAAUCAUUUUCUCUGAUAUACAUACCAACAUAUGUACUAGUAUAACUAUUGUUUAUGUUUGUUUAAAGGAUACAACCAUGGUUAAGUGUGGAAUUUAGUGAGGUUUUUUUAUGGAUCAAAGCUGAUGAUCUUAGUGCUGAAAGGAUUGUUGGGACUUCCCAACCUGACCUACUGUUUAUAGUAAUACAAAUAGGAAGUUACAGUCACUGUUGCAGCUAAAAUUAAGACAGUUUUCAGUGGAUUUCAGAGCAGUUGUAUAUUUUGAACUUGAUGGAGGUAUAACAGUUUCUUUUAAAGCCUCCCCCUUCCUUUUUUUGCACUUUGUCAUAACGCCCAGAUCUUUAAUCAACGUCUAUUUAUAUACAUGUUUGAGAUAUUGAAAGCAAAUCUAUAUAUAUAUUUGUAAAAGUGUUUUUUUGGCAACUGCAGUGAAAGAAGAUGGAGUGUUUUGUGGGUGAGUUUACCAGCACACCAUUGUUUGUUGUGUCUGAUCCAAACAUGCCUUGUUAGAGUUAUUCACUCUGACUGCAGUUGGAUACCAAAAAAAGGAUUUCCCACCAUACAACAACACUUGCUGUAUAAAAUGUUUUCUUAUAUCCAAGCUUUUAUUAAAUGAUUGAAAGUG